AGUGUCAAAGAUUUUUAUUGAUCUGUUUUCAUUAAAUGAAGAAUUUUAUUGGUAUAUCUCCUGAACUGAACCUCAUCAUAGAAUGAUCGAUUUUCUGCUCUCUAAUAUUGUAUCGUCUGCUUUAUCUUUGUCCUUGUCCUCAAGAUGGCUAACCAAGCAGACGUUAUUGUGGUCGGAGCUGGUUUAAGUGGUUUGUCUGCUGCGAAGCUAUUACACGAAAAGGGAACUGAAGUUCUUGUUCUCGAGGCACGAGAUAGAGUGGGUGGACGGACAUUUACAGAACACAAUCCAAAAGUGAAAUAUGUCGAUCUAGGUGGUGCAUACGUGGGUCCAACUCAAAACCGCAUCUUAAGAUUAGCAGAUGAAUUUGGCAUCGACACAUACCUAACAAAUGAAGUUGAAGAUGUUAUUUUUUAUACAAAGGGAAAAUCAAAACGAUUCACUGGAACAUUUCCACCAAUGGGAAGUUGUCUGGCAUACAUGGAUAUGAACAAUUUGUUUCGACUUAUCGACAAAAUGGGCGAAGAGAUACCUAUGGAGGCGCCAUGGGAUGCACCGAAAGCAAAGGAAUGGGAUUCAAUGACAGUCAAAGAAUUUUUAGAUAAUAAUGUGUGGACAGCUGCAGCUAAAGCGUUUGCAACAUGCUUCGUACAAGUGAAUGUGACCUCCGAACCUUAUGAGGUAUCUUUAUUAUGGCUGCUUUGGUAUGUUAAAUGUGCAGGAGGUUCCAUGCGAAUCUAUUCGACAACUAAUGGAGGGCAGGAAAGAAAAUUUGUAGGCGGUUCUCAACAGAUAAGCAAACGGAUUGUAGAAAAAUUAGGAAAAGAAAAAGUUAUCCUCAGUUGUCCUGUUUGUCAUAUAAAACAGAAUGGUAGCGAUGUCACAAUUAAAGAUCUCCAUGGAAACACUUAUAUGGCAAAAUAUGUGAUAAUGUCAGUUCCAGUACCACUACAAAACAGAAUAGUAUAUGAGCCUCCAUUACCGGCAAACCGAAAUCAGUUGAUUCAGCGAAUGCCUAUGGGAUCUGUAAUAAAAACCUUUAUGUAUUAUGACACACCAUUCUGGAGGAAAGACGGGUUUUGUGGAUCCUCGGCUAUUGAUGAUGAAGAUGCUAUUAUAGGAUUUACCAUGGAUAAUGUCAAUCCUGAUGGUUCAUGUCCAGCACUAAUGGGAUUUAUAUUAGCGGACAAAGCAAGAAUAUUAUCAGUCUUAUCGCGAGAUGAAAGGAAACAAAGAAUUGGUGAACUUUAUGCAAAAGUAUUCAAAUCAGAUCAAGCCAAACAUCCUAUACAUUAUGAAGAAUUAAAUUGGCCUGCAGAGCAAUGGUCUGGUGGAUGCUAUACAACAAUGAUGCCACCUGGAUUUCUUACCAAAUUUGGCAGUGAACUUAGAACACCGGUUGGUAAAAUGUAUUUUGCUGGAACAGAAACAGCUACCGAAUGGUCUGGUUAUAUGGAAGGUGCUGUACAAGCUGGAGAGCGAAGUGCCAGAGAGGUUUUGACUGAAAUGGGUAAACUAUCUGCAUCAGAAAUUUGGCAGACAGAACCAGAAAAUAAGCGAGUAAAAUCAAGUCCGUUUCCAUCGUCCUUCAUGAAUAGACAUCUUCCAUCAGUGCCAGGAUUUUUUGGACUGUUAGGGAGUGUUGGAAUUGUAUCUGCAGGAGUAUUAGCUGCUGUAUUGUAUCAGAGACAUCUCCGUUGAAAUGUUUGCUGGCAUUCAACUUCAAAUAUACUGCAAUUUUCACCUCAAAUAUGUUGUAGGAAAUGAAAUUACAACUUGAAGGGCCACUGCUUUUGUCUGUCUGACAUAAAUAAAAUAAUUUUAUCUUCAAAAAUUAAAAAAUAUAUAAUACUAAAAAAAAAGGAUAUUUUGCUCUAUUAUAAUUUAUAAAAAAUAAAUUGUUUGCAACUUGAAUAACCCUAAUGAGUGGAAUGUUUUUAAAUGCUGAUCGUUUCUAUCUACAGUUUGUGUUUUAAUUAUAUAAAAAAAACUAGGCGAGACAGGCAUAGUGUAAUGAAUAAAAAGUAAAGAAGAUACGUUUGUAGAUGUGAAUUAAUAGACAUGCGGGGUAUUCAUCAAUGAUUGAUCAUAACGACACAGAUCACUAAACGACACGUGUGAUUUAUUUGACAGGUAGUACAACUUGAAUUAUAAAACGCCAUUUUAACAUUUGAGGAAACACUUACGGAACAUUCUGAGCAUUGCAGAUGAUAUCUGUUUUAUAAUACGUUUAUGGAUAAAUCGUAUCCAUGUAUGUAUAUGCAUAAUAUUAUGCAGCUUAAUUCAUGAUUAUGCUUUGUUCAGAAAUUAAGUACAUAUUUUCAUGUUCGCACAUAUGACAUAUAAAGCAAAAUUUUGUUUAAGUAUAGUAAAUAGGUGACUUCACAAAUAAAACCGCACAUAUCAUUAAUUUCCAUCAGAAAACGUACAUCGUCCUUUGUUCAAGGUUAAGAUGAAAUUCAAUUUCCGAAUUAUACCAGUAUAUUCAGUAUUAAUUGCGACAAAUGUGUUAAUGAUAGGUUGUAUAUAUCAUAUUGUACUCUGUAAAUCAAAUUAUUUUGCACCAACAUUGUGAAAUAAAAUAUGAGUUUACA